GGCGAGUGGCCACUGUGAGCAGCGAGUGUGGCCUGCGUGGCGUGCGUGGCGCGCAGGUCUAGAAGCGCUGGACCUUGGAGGUGUGCAAGGGCUGGCGGUAAAAGAGUUUGGCAGACAUGGCUCCUACCGUACAGGCAACGGAGUCCGAGUAUCCGAAAGGCAUCCGGGCCGUGCUGCUAGGGCCUCCUGGGGCUGGUAAGGGUACCCAGGCACCCAGAUUAGCUGAAAACUUCUGUGUCUGCCAUUUGGCCACUGGGGAUAUGCUAAGGGCUAUGGUAGCUUCUGGCUCAGAGCUGGGGAAGAAGUUGAAGGCCACUAUGGAUGCUGGGAAACUGGUGAGUGAUGAAAUGGUAGUGGAGCUCAUUGAGAAGAAUUUGGAGACCCCUUCCUGCAAAAAUGGCUUCCUUUUGGAUGGCUUUCCUCGGACCGUGAGGCAGGCGGAAAUGCUCGAUGGCCUCAUGAAGAAGAGAAAAGAGAAACUUGAUUCUGUGAUUGAAUUCUGCAUCCCAGACUCCUUGCUAAUCCGGAGAAUCACUGGAAGGCUGAUUCAUCCCAAGAGUGGCCGAUCCUACCACGAGGAGUUCAACCCCCCAAAGGAGCCCAUGAAAGAUGAUAUCACGGGGGAACCCUUGAUCCGUAGAUCAGAUGAUAAUGAGAAAGCCUUGAAAACCCGCCUGGAGGCCUACCACACUCAGACUACCCCACUUGUGGACUACUACAGGAAACAGGGAAUCCACUCAGCCAUCGAUGCCUCCCAGACCCCUGACAUCGUGUUUGCAAGCAUCCUAGCAGCCUUCUCCAAAGCCACAUCCUAGUAACAGAAGGCCAGGCGAGACUGCAUCACUGCUCAUCACCCCGCGGCGUGAUCCCUGCUCUUAGGUGCUGGGCAGAGGGAAAGGGAAAUCCUGGGAAGGAUGGAGAAGGGAGGGCUAGUGAGGGCUCAAGAGGAGGAUUUGGAAGAGCAGCAGAGUCAUAAUGAGCUGGGUUUUUGGGGGGUUUUGGUGUUUUGGUUUUUUUUAACACAUAAGUGGGAGUUUCAAAGUGUAAGCAAAGAAGAUUUUUAAAAACUGUGAUUAGAGGGUGUGGGUACAAAUAGGGAGAUACAGUAUUAUUUCUAAGCUAUAUGGUUUCUAAGCUAUGGGUUUUCAUGUAUUCUGGACUUUUUAAAAGCCAGUCCUGUAAAGACCUCACCUGUUGUCUCAGAAUCUCUUGGGGUACCGGACCAAAAAUGCAGGAGAUGGAAAUGUGGUCCUGUCUGUCUUAUAGCUUGGAAUAGAGAGUAUUUGUGGAUCUUGGUUCCCCUCACAGAUCAGAACACCAUCUCCACAUUUGAAAGAGAUCUGGUGAAUUCUCAGGGCUGGUUGCGAGUCAUGAGGGAGUGGGGAGAUAGCCCUAACUCCCUUCCCUGACCUACCGCUGACUUAGCAGUCCACGCGCUCUCAUAGCUGAGCUCUUAGAGCCACCCAGAGUACUACAGUCCUGCAGCCUUGACUUCUUUCAUUUAUGGUGUGUAAAGGGACCUUUUAAGUACAUGAGCAACGGCUGGGGACGGAGCUCAGUGGUUCAGCACUUACCUACCAUGUGCAAGGACCUGGGUUUGGUCCUCAGUACCACAAAAAUAUUAAGUGGAGCCAGGGGUGUGACUCAGUGGCCUAGUGCCUGCUUGGCAAGCAAGAGGUCCAGAGUUUGGUUCCCCAUUCUCUUCCCCCCAAAAUUAAAUAAAUUAAUAAAAAUAAAUGAGCAAGUGUCCUAAGCCAUAUUAUCCAAAAAAAUUGCCCUUUCCACUCUCAGAUCCUGUGACUGACAGCACUGUGUGAUGUAUUUUCAAUGAGGUGCCUUUCUUAACUGACCAAAUGCUGCCUUAUUUGGCCCCUAAAUCAAUAAAAUAUAUUGAAAAUUUGUA